AUGGAGGAUCCUAGCCACGGCAUAGCUGACGUCGGUGGCUCUCCUCCUUCUGGUGGACGGGGGAGACGUAGGCAGAGGAAGAGCGAUGAGGAGGACGAUUCUGACACCGCCGUGCCCGGGGACAUCACCACGCGGGCGAAGAGGCGGCAGACGACAGGCAGUGCCGACGACGCUGGUGGCGCGGAAGUUGGGAGAACGCGAGGUGCCAGUGAAGCUAGUGGCAAAGCGACGGGUCAUGCAUUGCGCCAAAAGGGCCGACCCGCAGCAAGAAAAACAUCCGGCGGAAGGAGGGGCAAGAAACGGGGUCGUGAAGACCCUGGUGAGGCCGAGGAGGAGGAUGCGCAGGAAGAGGAGGAUGAAGAGGAUGCGGAGGAGGAUGACGCGGAUGUUGGGGAGGAUGAAAAAGAUGAGAAUGAUGGCGGGGAGGACGAAGAGGAGGAGGAGAAGGAGGAGGACGAUGAGGAGGAGGAUGAGGAGGAGGAGGAGGAGGAGGAGGAGGAGGAGGAUGAUGAGGAGGAGGAGGAGGAGGAGGAGGAGGAGGAGGAGGAGGAGGAGGAGGAGGAGGAGGAGGAGGAGGAAGAGCAGGGGGACGAUAAGGAGGAGGAUGAACAGGAGGAGGAGGAGGAGGAGGAGGAGGCAGAGGAGGAGGAGGAGGAAGAGGGGGAGGAGGAGGAGGACGUGGCGGCAGUGAAGGGACGGGGCGGGCGUGGCAGACGGAAGAGUGGUAUGGGGAAGGUGGGGGGCCGGACUCGCCAUUCCCGAAAACGCGGGGCAGUUGACGCCGCGCGCGGCGUAGCAGCUGGCAGAGCGAAGGCGUGUAAGGUGAAGGUCGAAAGUGAAGGGGGUGGUAAAAAGCAAGGGCGCCAGGGAGCAAAAGGGGAUGGAGGAGGUAAGGGUGGCGGCGCCAAAGGGGUUCCAUUGGGUACUGGCAAGAAAGAACCUGCCGGACUGCUGAAGAAGAUGCUGAAGCCCUUGGCCAGAGGGGGGAUUCUUCACACCCUUUUCCACCGCUCAUGGGUGCCCUAG